GGGAGCCGCGGGUCGCGGCCCAGCGUGGGGCCGUGGGCUCCAGUUGCGGUGGGAAAGCGUAGGUGUCAGUAUAUGUCGGUAAUCGGUGACGAAGUGAAUAUUGAAUUCGAAGCACAUUCCAUAUCAGACAAUGACUAUAAUGGGAUAAAGAAAUUACUACAACAGUUGUUUCUAAAAGCUCCCGUUAACACUGCGGAAUUAACUGAUAUAUUAAUACAACAGAAUCAUAUUGGAAGUAUUAUCAAGCAAGCGGAAGUCCAAGAAGAAGGUAGUGAUGAUGAUGAAGAUGAUGAUGAAGUCUUUGGUUUUAUAAGCUGCUUAAACUUAACAGAAAGGAAGGGUACACAGUGUGCUGAACAAAUCAAAGAGCUGAUUCUAAGUCAGUGUGAGAAGAGCUGUGAACAGCAUGUAGUUGAACAACUGAAUAAGCUCCUAAAUGACAGUACUAAGCCUGUGGGUCUUCUGCUAAGUGAAAGAUUCAUUAACGUACCACCGCAGAUUGCUCUGCCCAUGCACCAGCAGCUUCAGAAAGAGCUGACUGAGGCACAGAGAACAAACAAACCUUGUGGAAAAUGUCACUACUAUCUUCUUAUCAGCAAGACCUUUACAGAAGCUACAAAGAGCAGUUCUAAGAGGAGGGAAGGGAGAAAUCAACAAAAAGAGGAAUUAAUGUUUGCAAAUGCAGAGGAAGAAUUCUUUUAUGAGAAAGCCCUUCUGAUGUUCAACUACUCUGUGCAAGAGGAAAGUGACACCUGUUUGGGUGGCAGAUGGUCCUUUGAUGAUGUACCAAUGAAACCUUUGCGGACUGUUAUGAUAGUUCCAGCUGAUGGAAUUAAUGUCAUUAUGGAUAAACUCAAAGACUAUCUCUCACUCUGAACUUCCCUGUAAACACUGGUUUUUGUAAAGCAGCCGUGCAGAACUAUGACUUCACAAUAUUUUCCGAAGACUGCUAUUGAGUUAAUGGUUUUGUAGUGCUUCCUCUGUACGCUUAGAAGACAAGUGGGUUGUACAACUGAAAAUCUCCAU